AUGGGAAGCCUCUUGACUACACGCCAGGCUGAGGAGUUGCACAAGUCUAUUAUAGCCUACCUGACCGCACAAGGCUUUCUUGAAACAGCUCUGUCGUUGCGGAAGGAAGGGGCACUUUCCGAGAAGGAUUUCGAUGUGACUGCCGUGAAGAAAUACGAAUCACUCCUAGAGAAAAAAUGGACCAGCAAUGUCCGGCUGCAGAAGAAGAUACUGGAGCUUGAAACUCAAAAUGCUAGGCUUAUCUCUGAGUUCGAUAAUCUCACACCUACCUCCCUCUGUGUCCGCAACUCAGAUCCCCACUCUUGGCUCCCGCAACACCCUCGCUAUACACUGCGCUCCCACCGUGAUACUAUCAAUUGCAUUGCCUUCCACCCCCGAUACUCCUCUCUUGCAUCUGGAUCGGAUGACUGCACAGUCAAGGUAUGGGAUUGGGAACAUGGAGAACUGGAGAAGACCCUCAAGGGUCAUACAAGAGCGGUCCGUGGCCUUGAUUACGGCUGUCCUACUGGUGCCCCCUUUCUGGCCUCCUGUAGUUCGGACUUGACAAUCAAGCUGUGGGACCCCGCCGAUGGGUACAGAAAUAUCAGAACUCUCCAAGGACAUGAUCAUAUUGUCAGCGUCGUUCGCUUUAUACCAAAUGGAAGUCUGCUUGCUAGUGCUAGCAAAGACACGGAGAUAAGAUUGUGGAAUGUGACAAACGGCUUCUGCAUAAAGACCGUGCGAGGCCACACCAGCUGGGUGCGGGAUCUUUGUCCGUCUUUGGACGGUAAAUACUUACUUUCCACGGGCGACGAUAUGACCGUGCGGCUGUGGGAGAUAUCGGCGAAUGAGGAAUGCAAAUUCAUUCUGACGGGCCAUGACAAUUUCAAUGAGUGUUGCGCGAUAGCCCCAUUUUCUACUCAUCAAUACCUUGUGCCGCGCGCAGAGCUCAAGGAAACCCAAGCUAUACCUCGCUUCGUAGCAAGUGGUUCUCGCGACAAAACUAUCAAGAUUUGGGACUCUCGUGGUGGGAGGUGUCUGAUGGCUCUCGUUGGACAUGAUAAUUGGGUUCGCGCUAUCGCGUUCCAUCCUGGGGGCAAAUAUCUUCUCUCUGUAUCUGACGACAAGACACUACGUUGCUGGGACUUGAGUCAAGGCGGCAAAUGUGUAAAAACGCUGCAUGAUGUCCAUGAGAGUUUCAUUACUUGUUUGAAAUGGGCCCCUGAAAUGUCCAACGCGAACCCGACCGAUAUGGCCCAUGUUGUGAAGGGGGCACACGAAGCCAAAUCGUCUAGAGCUAAGGAAGACGCACCCACUUCAUCCAUGAAAAUCCAGUGCAUCAUCGCAACAGGCGGUGUUGAUCAGACAAUUCGGAUAUUUGCAGGCUAG